UAUAUUUAUUAAAACAUCAUUCACAUAGAGCCAUCCAUCAACCAUGACAAAUUCCUUAAAGGUUGCUGUUAUAGGUGCUGGUGUCGCCGGACUAACCGCUGCCCGUGAGCUUCAACGAGAAUCACACCAAGUGAUCGUGUUCGAAAAGUCACACCGGCUAGGCGGAACAUGGGUUUAUGAUCCAAAGGUUGAGUCCGAUCCACUUGGAUCGGACCCAAAUAGAGAUGUUGUUCAUGGAUCACUUUACAAGUCCUUGAGAACAAAUUUUCCACGUCAGCUGAUGAGCUUUAGUGACUUCAAAUUUGAGGAAAAGUUAUACGAUGAUCCGCGGAUAAACCCCGGGCAUCAAGAAGUUUUAAAGUUCUUGGAAGAUUUUGCUACAUAUUUUAAACUCACUGAGUUGAUUCGGUUCAAUACUUUGGUGACCCGAGUGGAGGUUGUUGACUCGGUCAUCAACUCGUUUGUGGUUGAGUCGGAAACUAAUGGGGUGAGUUUGGUAGAGGUGUUUGAUGCGGUUGUUGUUUGCAAUGGUCAUAACACACAACCUCGACUCGCAGUGGAUAUUCCAGGUAUCGAGACGUGGGCUAAAAGGCAAAUGCAUAGUCACAACUAUCGUGAUUCUGAACCAUUUCGAGAUCAGGUUGUAGUGGUGAUCGGAAAUGGACCAAGUGGGAUAGACAUAUCACGAGAAAUAGCAAUGGUAGCCAAAGAAGUUCACAUGUCGUCAAGAUCUACACAUUUUAACCUCGGAAAAUCAGACAAAUUCGACAAUAUGUGGCAACACUCCAUGAUACUAAAGAUAGAAAGUGAUGGCACGGUGAUAUUUCAAGACGGACUCUCUGUUGAGGCAGAUAUCAUAUUCCAUUGCACAGGGUACAAAUUACAUUACCCGUUUCUUAAAACAAAUGGUAUUGUAAGCAUCCAAGACAAACGUAUCGGACCCCUCUACAAACAUGUUUUCCCUCCGCAACUUGCUCCAAACCUCUCCUUCGUCGGAAUCCCAGAAAUGAGCUUUACAUUCACUAUAAUUGAGUGCCAGUCAAGAUGGAUAGCCCAAGCAUUAUCACAAAAGGUUUCAUUGCCAUCAGAAGACGAAAUGUUGUUUGAUGUCGAACAAUAUUAUCAAGAAUUGAAGGAAAAAGGAGUUCCUGAACAUCGCACUCAUUAUAUCGGAUUUCAGACUAGUUACAUAGAUUGGAUGUUUGGCCAAACUGGAAUGGUCCUGGAGAAGCAUGUGAAAGAAAUGUUUGAAUACUUUAACCAUUGUUUAAUGAGUGGUGGUAUAGAUGGCUACAUGGAUGUAUUCUCCCAUAAAUACAGGAUAUGAUUAUUAUAUUUUCUGCAUCAAAUGUUUCUAAUAAGUUCAUUAGGGUUAAAUAUUGUAUUAGUAUUGGGCUUGUUAUGGAACGGUGCGAGUGAAGGGUUAUAACCGUACAAACGGUUUCUAGGGGAUCGACACAUCCCUUCAUGCAAUCGACACACCCUUUCAAACACACCUGUUCAUCAAGUAUAAGUAGGGUUUCAAACAUUCAGUUAUUGUAUCCAAGUUUCGUACGUACAAGUUGCAACUAACAGUUAUUCAAGUUCUAGUUUCAAACAUUCAGUUAUUGUAUUUUCGUUUAAAAAUGAAGUGGCGUGAUGUUUGUGGAGA